UCUUCGAAGCUGACUAGGAGCAACCGUGCCCUCACUGGGGGGAAGGUAGCGCACUAAUUCGAGAUUAUUUGGGACAAUUUCUCCUGAUUAGGGUUAUUUGUGUUAAAAACACAAAAAAGAAAAUAAAAUAAAAGGUCCGGCAGACCCCCAGCCUACCCUCUAUUUUCGCACUCGUCUCUCUCUCGACCGAUCGCACAGCAAGGCCGUUUCCAUCUCCGAUCUUUCGGCCGCCGGCCAGCCAGUCGCGUAGCAUCGCCAGCAAACAACCGGCGAUUACGUCUCUCUCUCUCUCUCUCUCUCGCCUCCUAAUUUUCGGUUUUCGUUCGCCACAGCAGUCCGCCGGAGGUUGGGUAUUUAGCACUUUCCUUGGUUUGGGGCAAACUUGAAGAUGAAGCUUGACGUUAAUGCCCUACGCUAUCUCUCAAAAGAUGAUUUUAGGGUUCUUACUGCUGUUGAGAUGGGGAUGCGAAAUCAUGAAAUUGUUCCUUCAGAACUUGUGGAACGUAUAGCUUCUCUUAAGCAUGGGGGCACUUACAAAGUUCUGAAGAAUUUACUCAAAUAUAAGUUAUUGCACCACGACUCCUCUAAAUAUGAUGGGUUUCGACUUACAUAUCUUGGCUAUGAUUUUCUUGCAAUUAAAACUUUGGUCAACCGCGGAGUGUUUGUGGCUGUUGGUCGACAAAUUGGCGUUGGGAAAGAGUCUGAUAUUUUUGAGGUUGCGAAAGAAGAUGGCACCGUGCUUGCCAUGAAGUUGCAUAGACUCGGUAGAAUUUCUUUUAGGUCGGUUAAAUCUAAGCGUGAUUAUUUGAGGCAUCGCAGUAGUUACAAUUGGCUUUACUUGUCUCGGCUUGCGGCAGUUAAAGAAUUUGCAUUCAUGAAGGCUUUGGAAGAACAUGGUUUUCCUGUUCCAAGUGCAGUAGACUGUAAUAGGCACUGUGUCAUUAUGUCACUCGUUGAAGGUUAUCCGCUGGUGCAGGUAAAACAAUUACAAAAUCCAGAUGUGGUUUUUGAAACGAUCAUUGGUCUUGUUGUUCGUCUAGCAGAGCAUGGACUCAUUCAUUGUGACUUCAACGAAUUCAACAUUAUGAUUGAUGAUGAUGAGAAGGUCACCAUGAUCGAUUUUCCACAAAUGGUUUCUGUCUCACAUCGCAAUGCACAAAUGUAUUUUGAUCGUGAUGUUGAAUGCAUCUUUAAGUUUUUUAGAAAAAGGUUUAACUUGUCAUUCCAUGAGACCGUGGUUGAUGAAAAUGAUGUAGAAAUUGACAACGAUGAAAGUGCAAGGCCUUGCUUUUCUUUGAUAUCUAAAGGUGUUGGAAGUUUAGACAAGGAACUUGCUGCCAGUGGGUUCACACGAAAGGAACAGGAACACAUCGAAAAGUUUAUUGAAAAUGGACUUGAGGGAGAUGUUGAUUCUGGUGGUGAAGAAGAUGAAACGGAGGACACCGAUGUGGUGGAAGUGGAACAUCUACGCAUUUCAGAGGAGGAAACUUCGAAUGGUGAUGAAAAUGCAGAGCUUCAGAGGAACCAUGAAGCAUGUCAGAACGAUGUAUCUGAGAACGACUCAGAUUCGGAUGGGGACAAUGGAGGUGAGUCUAGAGAUGAAAAUGAAGACGAACUGAACAAACGAUUGAACAAGCAGAGACGACGUGCCAUAGCAUCAGCUAGUGGAGGAAGUAAGGCUCGUGCGUCCCGAAACACCUAUAAAGACAAGGGGAGGAAGUCUUCUAAUAAUUCCAAGAUUCAUAAACAAAUCGGCAUCUGGUGAAGUUUUGUUGUGAUACUUGACGAUGCACACACAUCCUUGUACCAUUGCUUAUAGUUGUGUAUCGUCGUGCCAAUUUUGUCCUCGUACUUUAGGAAGAAAAUCCGGUCUUGGUUUUUGUUUCAUACCUUUAUUAUUAUACUUCGGUGGGGUUAUUAUACUUCGGUGGGAAGUCUUCUUAUUUAUUUUAGUUUUUGGUGCAAGGAUGAAUUUGACAUGAUGAAAGUAUAUUGGCAAAAGUAGCAAUUUAAUUUUUAUUUUGGGUAUGUAUAUAUAUCAGUGAAUUAAUUCUGUCA